AUGUGGCUGUCGGUGCUGGCGGCGGUGGGCCUGGGGCUGCGCCUGGCGCUGGGUGUGCGCGGCGCGCCCUGCGAGGCGGUGCGCAUCCCCAUGUGCCGGCACAUGCCCUGGAACCUCACGCGGAUGCCCAACCACCUGCACCACAGCACGCAGGAGAACGCCAUCCUGGCCAUCGAGCAGUACGAGGAGCUGGUGGGCGCCAACUGCAGUGCCGUGCUGCGCUUCUUCCUCUGCGCCAUGUACGCACCCAUCUGCACUCUGGAGUUCCUGCACGACCCCAUCAGGCCGUGCAAGUCCCUGUGCCAGCGCGCGCGCGAUGACUGCGAGCCCCUCAUGAAGAUGUACAACCACAGCUGGCCCGAGAGCCUGGCCUGUGACGAGCUGCCCGUCUACGACCGAGGAGUGUGCAUUUCCCCGGAGGCCAUCGUCACUGACCUGCCUGAGGAUGUGAAGUGGAUAGACAUCACCCCAGACAUGAUGGUUCAAGAAAGGCCUCUUGACAUUGACUGCAAACACCUAAGCCCCGACAGGUGCAAGUGCAAGAAGGUGAAGCCAACUCUGGGGACGUAUCUGAGUAAGAACUACAGCUAUGCUAUUCACGCAAAAAUAAAAGCAGUGCAGAGGAGCGGCUGUAAUGAAGUAACAACCAUCGUGGACGUGAAAGAGAUCUUUAAGUCCUCGUCCCCCAUCCCUCGAACUCAAGUCCUGCUCAUGACCAAUUCUUCCUGCCAGUGCCCACACAUUCUGCCCCACCAAGAUGUUCUUAUCAUGUGUUACGAGUGGCGCUCAAGGAUGAUGCUUCUUGAAAAUUGCCUAGUUGAAAAAUGGAGAGAUCAACUCAGUAAAAGAUCCAUACAGUGGGAAGAGAGGCUGAAAGAACACCAGAGAUCAAUUCAGGAACAGCAGAGAACAAUUCAGGAACAGCAGAGAACAAUUCAGGCACAACAGAGAACAAUUCAGGAGCAGCGGAGAACAGUUCAGGACAAGAAGCGAAUAGCUGGACGCACUAGUCGCAGUAACCCACCCAAACCGAAGGGAAAGCCCCCUGCUCCCAAAUCGGUUAGCACCAAGAAGACCACGAAGAAUGCCAGGAGUGCCCCAAAGAGGACAAACCCGAAAAGAGUGUGAGCUGAGUCCUUUCAGGACGAAGACUCCCUGAGAGGAUGAUGCCAGACAUUGCCCAGGGGCAACCUGUGUCAAGACACCCACCCCCUUGCCUUAAAAACUCACUGCAACACCCCGCAUAGACAUGUCUUGCAGCACUUUUCUGAAUGAUAUGCCUCUUUUUUUUCUUUAUAAGCCACCACAGGCCAUAGGGGUAGGCUUGCACUUGAGUAGAGCAGGUAGAUAAAAGCUGGUUGAAGACGUAUCACACUCAGAAUGGCACGUGUGCCCACUCUGUGAA